AUGUCGGGAAUCAGAGUGGCCAUCGACCGUGGCGGCACGUUCUGCGAUGUCAUUGCCCACAUUCCCCACAGAGAGCCGUUGACAUUCAAGCUGCUCUCCGAAGACCCAGCGAGUUAUCGAGAUGCCCCCACGGAGGCGAUUCGAAGAGUGCUAGAAAUAGUAGAGGGGAGAGAGAUUCCUGCGCAAGACAAGCUGGAUGGCUCUCGGAUAGCCUCGUGCCGCAUCGGAACCACGAUAGCCACCAACGCGCUGCUCGAGCAAAAGGGAAAGAAAUUCGCACUACUGACGACAAAAGGCCACAAGGAUGUUUGUAUCAUUGGGGACCAGGCUCGACCCAAACUGUUCGACUUGAAAGUGCGCAAGGCCAAGCCGCUGCACGACAAGGUCGUCGAGAUUGACGAGCGUAUUACUAUUGAGGACUACGACCUGAAUCCCCAGCCUCUAGACAAGCACCGAGAGCUGACAGAUGAAGAUCUCGUGAGGACGGCGAGCGGAGAGAUUAUCCGUGUCCUGAGGAGACCAGACCCUGCGGUCGUGAAGAGCCAGCUGGCAGGGCUGCUGGACGAGGGCUACUCAUCCCUGGCCAUCUCUUUCAUGCACGCCUACCUCUACCAUGCGCAUGAAGACAUGGUGGCAGACAUAGCACGAGAGCUUGGUUUCCACUGCGUGACGACGUCUUCCAGCACAAGUCCGAACAUCAAGUUUCUGAUCCGAAGCAACUCGACCUGCUCAGAGACAUAUCUCUACCCUGUCAUCCAACGUUACGUGGAGAACUUUGAGAGCGGUUUCGAGACGCUGCCGCACAGAGUCGACUUCAUGUGCUCGGACGGCGGACUCAAGCAGGCUCACAGGUUCAGGGGCAAUGAGGCCUUGCUGAGCGGCCCAGCUGGCGGGGUUGUCGGCAUCGCUAGGUCCUGCUAUGACGAGCGAGACGGCGCGGCUAUUAUUGGGUUCGAUAUGGGCGGAACAAGCACAGAUGUCUCGAGGUAUGAUGGGAGGUACGAUUAUAUCACAGAGGCCACUAUCGCCGGGAGGACCAUCAAUGUGCCGAUGUUGAACAUUGCUACGGUGGCGGCUGGUGGCGGCUCCAUCCUGUUUGCGAGAAACGGUCUCUUGGUUGUUGGUCCUGAGAGCGCUGGCGCGCAUCCUGGGCCGGCUUGCUAUCGCAAAGGAGGGCCCCUGACGGUGACAGAUGCGAAUCUGUUCCUCGGACGCCUGGUUCCCUCGUCGUUCCCUUGGAUAUUCGGUCCGAAUGCAGACCAACCAUUGGACACGGCUGUUAUUGUACAGAAAUUCAACGACAUCACCGCCGACUUCAACAGCCAGACCGGGCAGAGCCUGUCACCGGAGGACGUGGCCUUGGGUUUCUUGAACAUUGCCAACGAGGCAAUGAGCCGGCCCAUCCGUAACGCAACAGAGGCCCGUGGUUUUGCACCCGAGAACCACAAUCUCGUCUGCUUCGGAGGGGCGGGAGGCCAACAUGCGUGUUCGAUUGCCGAGAAACUGGGGAUUCAAAGGAUUCUGAUCCAUCGAUGGUCGUCGCUUCUUUCUGCGCAUGGCAUCUCCCUGGCAGAGCUACAGUACGAGUUGUUGGAGCCAUUUGCAGGUACACUCGGCUCUCAGGCCUUGCAACACAUUGAGUCACGGCUGGUGCAACUAAGGCAGAGAGUAGCCAGGGAAUUGUUGAGUCAGGGUGCAGAAGAACAGCUGCUGAGUUUCGAAGAGUCUUUGGUGUUGCGGUACUUUGGGACGGACACGAAUAUAACAAUACCCAAACCUGAAGAUGGAGAUUACGAAAGAGCUUUUAGAGACACACAUCUGAGAGAAUUUGCAUUCUCCAUGGACAGAGACAUUGUGAUUGAAUCGGUCAAGGUGAGAGGCACCGGCAGGGCAGACGGGCAGGCUGAGGAGCAGCCGUACUGGAACGAACUACAACAGGUCUUGGCGAAUCCGUCUGUGAACAGCACAGUACCACAUUCUGAACAGAGGGUGUACAUUGAGACAGGGUGGGUGACGAGUAAGGUUUACAGACUUGGGGCCAUUCCCAAGGGGAGUGUCAUUGUCGGGCCAGCUCUGAUCAUCGACGAGACACAGACGAUUUUGGUGGAGCCAGCAUUCAAGGCCGUGAUUUUAUCUCAUCACGUUGUCUUGGAAAAGCUCCUGCAGAAUGGCGGACGGCCAAUCCAGACCAUCGACUCUUCUGAAGCCCAAGACGGAGUUGAGAACCCGAUCCAGCUUUCUGUCUUUGCCCAUCGUUUCAUGGCCAUUGCGGAGCAGAUGGGCAACACCUUACAGCGGACCUCGAUCUCAACGAGUAUCAAAGAACGGCUGGACUUCUCGUGUGCGAUUUUCUCCCCCGAAGGAAAACUUGUGGCGAAUGCACCUCACAUCCCGAUCCACCUCGGCAGCAUGCAGUUUGCCAUCCAGGCGCAGCACCGGCACUGGCUGGGAAAACUGCAAGACGGAGACGUCCUCCUGACGAACCACCCUCAGUGGGGAGGCACACACCUUCCCGACCUCACAGUCGUCACGCCCGUGUUCUGGAACGGCAGGAUUGCCUUCUACGUCGCGUCACGAGGCCAUCACACGGACAUUGGCGGCAAGGGGAUCACCUCCAUGAUGCCCGAGUCCAAGGAGCUCUGGGAAGAAGGCAUCAACAUCGAGACCAUGAAGAUUGUGAGCAGGGGCCAAUUCCUCGAGGACGAAGUGCGGGCUGCCUUCCAGCGGGCCGGCGACUUUCCUGGCUGCAGCGUCACUCGUCGCAUCGGCGACAACAUGUCCGACCUCAAGGCACAGGUCUCUGCGAACCAACGGGGCAUUGUCCUCCUGCGCAAGCUCUGCGACGAGUACUCUUUACCGGUGGUGCACAAGUACAUGGACGGGAUCCAGAGGAACGCCGAGUUUGCGGUGCGGGAUUGGUUCAAAAGGAUGGCCAGGGACCACCCAGGCCCUCUCACGGCCACAGACUACCUCGACGACGGGACAGCCAUGUGUGUCACCAUCACCAUCGACAAAAACUCUGGAGGGGCCGUGUACGACUUCAGCGGGUCUGGGCCACAGAUCUGGGGCAACUACAACUGUCCCAUCUCCAUCUGCCACUCCUCCAUCAUCUACACCAUCCGCUGCCUCGUGGACAGCGACAUCCCGCUCAACGAAGGCUGUCUCGCCCCCGUGGACAUCCGCGUCCCUGCCGGGUCCGUGCUGAACCCGUCGCCCGCCGUGGCCAUCUGCGGCUCGACCCUCGCCAGCCAGCGCGUCAUCGACACCAUCCUCCGGGCCUUUGGGCGCCACGCCGCCAGCUCGGGCUGCGCCAACAGCUUCGGCUGGGGCAUGGGCGGCAAGGACCCCGAGACAGGCAGGAUCGUGCCGGGCUGGAACUACGGCGAGACCGUGGCGGGCGGCGUGGGCGCCUGCGAGGCGUACCACGGCGAGCACGGCACGCACGUGCACUCGACCAACACGAGGGCCACGGACCCUGAGAUUGUCGAGAAGAGGACGGCCGUGCUGGUGAGGCGCGACGAGAUCCGCUGGGGCAGUGGCGGGAAGGGGAGGUGGGCGGGCGGGUGCGGCAUCACGCGAGAGGUGGAGGCGCGCAUCCCGUUGAAGUUUAGUAUUCUGUCGGACAGGCGUGUCUUUCGGCCGUAUGGUAUGGCGGGUGGGUUCCCUGGCGAGGCUGGGCUGAAUUUUGUGUUCAAAUAUACGGGCCGAGGUGAUGAGCAGGAGAGAAUCAGCCUUGGUGGGAAGGCUGUUGUGAACUUGCAGGCUGGGGAGUGGAUGCAGAUCAAUUCCUCGGGAGGUGGUGGCUAUGGAGUUCCUGUGGAAGAUCAAUGA